CGAAGGUUGGGAACAUUUUCACUGAGAAGACGCACGAGUGAUGGAAACGAUGGUUUCGAGUCGGUCCGAACAUGUUCGAGGAUAAAUAAAAACAUGAGUUUUACCGCAAAAGACGAAAGCCAAACUGCGCUGCAGUGACAGUAAAUGGAAGAGGGCAGCUGAAUUUUUUCGUUAUUUUUUAAUUUCCUGAAAUGGCUCGUCGGUAUUUCCUGCUCUGCUACAUUUUUACCUGCUAUCUAGCUUCAGUUAUUGGACAGUCCACAACAUAUGCACUUGAGGGGCAGGAGGUCAAGCUUACGCCAAACGUUCCUGGAGGCCCUGAUCACAUUCGGUGGAAACAUAAUGGCAACAUAGUGGUCCAGUUCAAUGGGAAUGAGAAAGAAGUUUAUGGCUCAUUUAAAAACAGGAUCACUCUUGACUGGCAAUCUGCAGAACUCAGCAUCACUCAACUCAGUUUUGAAGACAGUGGAGAUUAUGAUUUGGGAGUAUACAUGAACGAUGACUUUCAUCAUUCACGUCAUAAAUUGGAGGUUAUAGACAAGGUUGCCAAGCCCACAAUAUCCUGUCAUAUGAACAAUGGCACCAGCUCUCACAUAUCAGGAACACUGCUGUGCUCUGCAGAGCCCAGACGACCUCAAAACUUAAUGAAGUUUGAGUGGAGUUCAAAGGGAAAGGUGCAUCCCGGCCCACAGUUGGUAAUAUCUUUGGGGGGUGAAUAUGAUGACGAAGUACACAUUUGUAAUGUGAGCAACCCUCUGAGUACUGAAACAGCUACAUUCACCUCAAAGGAUUGUUACCCUGUCAACAGUUCAUCUGCAGCACUGAUUGCCAGCCUGGUCAUCAUCUUUAUUACACUCAUCGCUGUCGCUUUGGGUAUCCUGAUCUGCUAUCGAACCCGCAAAGCAUGUUUUGCAAAGAAAAAGAGAGAUGAUUGGAAAAAGUCCUCAGAAGAAAACGGGACAGCUGAGCCCCUUUUGGACAGAGCGCCCACACUUCCCUCGACUCAACCACUUGCCGGUCGUGUUCAACAUAACGGGAAUAUGAGGCCUUGUGACUCUGCUAGCAGUCAGGAAAAAAACAGUUCAGACGGUGUGCAAGCAUCCCAGCAGCCUGAGAGCCCCACAUCAACAGCACCAGACAACAGGAGCACCAGUCGCUCUCAAGAGUCUUAUCACUCUGAACAUGACGCGUUAAAUCAAGAGGCCAAGACCAGGAAAGACUCAGCUGAGUCUGCUGUAGUUGAUGGUGAAACUGUUGAAUCUAAAAACGAGAUCCAGUGUGGCCCAAAAGAAGACAAAGCAGCAUGUGAUUUACAAGAUGAGACACCACGAAAAGGUUUUGUCAAACAGAGUGUAAAGCGGUUCGAGCAAAACACAAGAUUAAGAAAGAGCAAAGACAAGCACAAGGAAACUACAUCUCCUCCUUCCUCUCCACCUAUUGAGUCACCUUCUCAUGUGGAUCAGAAGAAUCUUGUCAGCACCAACAGGAGUGAUGCAGAUGCAGACCAGCAAUCUGCAGAGGAAGAAGUCCCACAGUCUGCACAUGAACCAGGACCAGCUGGAGCGUUAGAGAAGGAGGAUGGUGAGGAUGAAGAGGCGAAGUCUCCUCUUGCAAAUGGUGUCUCUCCUGUCGCUCAGCCACUUUCACUCCUGAUCCAGAACUCUCCGACUGUGGCACCUGAUGACACCACUGCUGAACACAACACCGCUGAAGACACCAACUUGGAUCAGCUCAGUGGAGAAACUGACAGAAAUUUAAGAGAAUCUGACUUUUCAGGCAAAGAGAAAACAGCUGAGUCAAGUGAGGACAAACAGCCGUCCACAGUUCUUAAACAGGAAGCUUCAGAAACGACACCACCUGAGACAGAUUCAAACUUGUCACAGGGAGAAGCAGACACAAAUGAGGACAACCGACAAAAGACAGACAAACCAGUUUGUGCAGUUGAAAAUAAAUCAGAAAGUGGAGGUGACAGUGAAGGUACCCAACAGGAUCUGUGUGGAGCAGCAUCCCAGCAGCCUGAGAGCCCCACAUCAGCAACACCAGACAACAGGAGCACCAAUCGAUCUCAAGGAUCUUCAGCCACUGCACAUGGUGACUCAGAUCAAGAGGAAGAGGCCAAGACCAGGAAAGACUCAGCUGAGUGUGCUGAGGUUGAAGGUGAAACUGCUGAAUCUAAAAAUGAGAUCCAGUGUGGCCCAAAAGAAGACAAAGCAGGUUAUGUUCGACAGAGUAUAAAGCGGUUCGAGCCAAACACAAGAUUAAGAAAGAGCAAAGACAAGCACAAGGAAACUGCAUCUCCUCCUUUCUCUCCACCUACUGAGUCACCUUCUCAUGUGGAUCAGAAGAAUCUUGUCAGCACCAACAGGAGUGAUGCAGAUGCAGACCAGCAAUCUGCAGAGAAAGAAGUCCCACAGUCUGCACAUGAACCAGGACCAGCUGGAGAGUCAGAGAAGGAGGAAGAUGAGAAUGAGGAGGCGAAGUCUCCUCUUGCAAAUGGUGUCUCUCCUGUCGCUCAGCCACGUUCACCCCUGAUCCAGAACUCUCCGACUGUGGCACCUGAUGGCCACACUGCUGAACACAUGGAAGACACCAAGUUGGAUCAGCUCAGUGGAGAAACUGACAGAAAUUUAAGAGAAUCUGACUUUUCAGGCAAAGAGAAAACAGCUGAGUCAAGUGAGGACAAACAGCCGUCCACAAUUCUUAAACAGGAAGCUUCAGAAACGACACCACCUGAGACAGAUUCAAACUUGUCACAGGGAGAAGCAGACACUAAUGAGGACAACCGACAAAAGACAGACAAACCAGUUUGUGCAGUUGAAAAUAAAUCAGAACGUGUAGGUGACAGUGAAGGUACCCAACAGGAUCUGUGUGGAGCAGCAUCCCAGCAGCCUGAGAGCCACACAUCAGCAACACCAGACAACAGGAGCACCAAUCGCUCUCAAGGAUCUUCAGCCACUCCACGUGGUGACUCAGAUCAAGAGGAAGAGGCCAAGACCAGGAAAGACUCAGCUGAGUCUGCUGAAGCUGAAGGUGAAACUGCUGAAUCUAAAAAUGAGAUCCAGUGUGGCCCAAAAGAAGACAAAGCAGCAUGUGAUUUACAAGAUGAGACACCACGAAAAGGUUAUGUUCGACAGAGUAUAAAGCGGUUCGAGCCAAACACAAGAUUAAGAAAGAGCAAAGACAAGCACAAGGAAACUGCAUCUCCUCCUUUCUCUCCACCUAUUGAGUCACCUUCUCAUGUGGAUCAGAAGAAUCUUGUCAGCACCAACAGGAGUGAUGCAGAUGCAGACCAGCAAUCUGCAGAGGAAGAAGUCCCACAGUCUGCACAUGAACCAGGACCAGCUGGAGGUUUGGAAACUAAGCUAUCUGAGCCAGAUUGUGAAUAGCCAGGGAAACAACAAACAUUUACACAAAUACAAUAGAAACUGACUAACAAGAAUGAUAAUUAAAAAAAAGCUCUGAUGAGUCUGCUGAGGUUGAAGGUGGAACUGUUGAAUCUAAACAUGAGAUCCAGUGUGGCCCAAAAGAAGACAAAGCAGGUCAGUGAGAGCCUUAGUGAGGAUAAAGAAGAACAGAAGGAUGAAGUUGUCGUAUUGGCUAUCAUACAACUUGGCAAAUUUGAAAGAGAAAACUUAAGAAAGAAAGUGAAAGUGAAGAAAACAAAAGUAUAAGAUCAAUACAAACAUGUCAAGGCAAAGUUAGAAGUAUGUAAGUAAAUACUUUCAGUCUAAGACAGUCCAAAGGCAGGCAGAGUAUUCAAUACAGGAAAAAUAUGGAGAGAUGGACAUAAAAUAAGAGCUGACGAGAAAAGGAGUAACUGAACCUCCUCAUUAAAGCCAUUAAUAACAAUAUGCUGAAAAUGCAAUGAUAGCCAUCUUAUGAACAGUGAAACAGCCUAAGGUUACAUGAACCUGACCUGAAAUGACACUGCAGGCCUGACAUUUGACAGUUUAUAGGAAGUGACUGCCACAGUAACAGGAGUUAAUUUUUUUUUAAAACACAGGCCUUUUGUUUACAUAGUUUUAUAUGUAAAUGAUUCACACUUAGGUUUUCGAGUUGGUCCAGUAGAUCAUUAAGUUUGGCAGCUGUGAGACAUAAUUACAGUGUAAUCCUUCAGGACCACUCUGACUAUCAAAGUUACGUCCACUAAAAGAGUUUCUUUGCUGCAGGAAGUCGGCAGUGGAAAUUCGAGUCAGACUUGGACAGACGAGUUUUGGAGUUUAUCUAGAAGUUCUGCCAGCCAGAAUGUAUUUCCAAAGUCAUGGCUGCAUGUUUAGUUUAUCUCAACAAUCUAGAUGUGUAAACUGCAGCAGCUCACAUCUUGUGGGAUUUCAGUGUGAGAUGUGAGACUUCUCCUUAAGACUUGUGUUUCUGCUUAAGCAAAUAGGAUUUUCUGUGUAACCAAAAGGUCUCUCUCUGUAGGGUUCCUUUCUGUAAUGUUGUUAACAAUUGGCUAUGAGUGACAAAAUGACACUUUCAGUUGACGAUCUUUGACCGUCAACAGAUCCCCCAAGGGGUCUGUGACUGUUCACUGACGCAAUCUACCGGACUAAUUCCAAAACUUUUGGUCAGUAUGAAUCAUUUAAACACCAAAACAUGUAAAUAUAGGGCUUCAAGUUCAAAAGUACCGAAAUUUCCCUUUAAACUCAGAGAGUGCGGAAAGAAAAUUUACAGUUUCUUUUUCCUUUCUUUUAAGCUCUUUUUGGUCUUCCUGCUCUCAACUACUGAACUAACUGUAAUAUCAUUCAUGUUCAUUCUGACAUGUGCAGUGCUGCAUUCAAUGUUUUUUAUUAUUUUGCUUUUUAAAGGAUACAAAAAGUAUUGACUAAUGAUGCUACAUGUAAUUUUUAAAUUUAUAAAUGUAAUUCAUAAAUCAAGCUAUUAUUAUAAGAAGUUGUAUCUGUGAUACAACCAGUUUAACAGCACUGAUCUUAUGAAUCUCAUGCUACGGCCUUUGAGCAUACGUAAGACAGAAAUUAUAAGAGAUAACACAAAUCUCAUACUGUGACCCAUAAGGGAGACUUUAUGGUGGAAAGGAGAGACACUAACCUUAGUUUGACAUUCAGUGACUGUAAAAAGGUGAAACCAGCAGACUUUUGUCCUCUUGGAAUCAAAUGCUUUAUUACAGAUGUUGUACGAGAGCAUAAUCACCACAAACACAGAGCUACAAAAAGGUUCAUUGUCAGAUAACUGUUAUCUCAUGUAUUUAAAAACGUUUUUGCACUAUUUUUUUUUUUUAUUUUACCGGUGUGUUUCUACUAAUUUAAUUCUGUGACAAUUUUUCAGAUUUUUCAGAGCUCAGUGUUUGUCAUUAUUGAUUAUUCAUCAUUAUUUGUGAUUACCAUGUUUCCACGAUGCUAAAGAUAUAUUUUAUUUGUAUUAUGGUGCUUUGGUGAAUUUAUUGGUAAAGGCAGUGCUUGUGUGAGUACUUUAUUUUUAUUUUUCAUUUGUUUAAAAUCUUUUUUCAUGUAUAAUCUAAGCUAAGACUACGGUAUACUGUUUUUU